GGCUCUUUAGAACACGAAGAGGGAAAAAUCUUACGUGUUCAGCUGGAGCUGAACCAGGUGAAGUCAGAAGUUGAUAGAAGGAGUGCAGAGAAAGAUGAGGAAAUUCAACAGCUGAAGAGGAAUCACCAGAGGGUAUUAGAGUCCAUGCAGACCACGCUGGAUGCUGAGAUCAGAAGCAGAAAUGAUGCUUUGAGGCUGAAAAAGAAGAUGGAGGGAGAUCUGAAUGACAUGGAAAUACAGCUGAGCCAUGCCAACUGCCAGGUAGCAGAGACACAGAAGCACCUCAAAGCUGUGCAAGGGCAACUCAAGGAUUCCCAGCUCCAUUUGGAUGACGCUUUGAGAGAGAAUGACGACCUGAAGGAGCAGCUCGCUAUGGUAGAGCGUAGGAACAAUCUGAUGACAACUGAAAUGGAGGAGAUGCGAGCUGCUAUGGAGCAGACAGAGCGAGCCCGGAAAGUUUCCGAGCAGGAGCUGACCGACGCCAGUGAACGGGUGCAGCUUCUCCACUCGCAGAACACAAGCCUCCUCAACACCAAGAAGAGACUGGAAGUGGACAUUACUCAUCUGCAGAAUGAAGUCGAAGACAGCAUUCAGGAAGCCAGAAAUGCAGAGGAGAAAGCAAAGAAAGCAAUCACAGAUGCAGCCAUGAUGGCAGAAGAGCUGAAGAAGGAGCAGGACACCAGUGCCCACCUGGAGAGGAUGAAGAGAAAUCUGGAACAAACGGUGAAGGACCUGCAGCACCGUCUGGAUGAAGCCGAGCAGCUGGCACUGAAGGGUGGAAAGAAGCAACUCCAGAAACUAGAGGCGAGGAUUAAUGAGUUGGAAAAUGAGCUUCACACUGAGCAGAAACGAGGAAUAGAGUCACUGAAAGGCGUUCGCAAGUAUGAACGAAGGCUGAAGGAGCUCACAUACCAGUCUGAAGAGGAUAAGAAAAAUAUUCUCCGGCUUCAGGAUCUGGUGGACAAGCUGCAGUUAAAAGUGAAAGCGUACAAGAAACAGGCUGAGGAAGCUGAAGAGCAGGCAAAUGUCAACCUCUCACGAUGCCGCAAGACCCAGCACGAGCUGGAAGAAGCUGAAGAACGAGCUGAUAUUGCUGAAUGUCAGGUUAACAAGUUGCGAGCCAAGAGUCGUGACAUUGGAGGACAG